AUGACGGAUGUAGAAUUGACUACGGCUCAGAAAGAAACUCUUCGAAUGGAAGUGAAAGCAUUAGGUGAUCAAAUUAGAGCCCUAAAGGAAUCAAAGGCCGAUGCUGAGCUGAUCAAAGAGAAAAUUGCUAAAAUGUUGGAAAAGAAGAAACUACUUGGUGAUGAAGGUGGUGGCAAGUUUGUGUUGAAAUGCCCGAAAGGAACGCGUGAUUAUGGUCCGAAAGCAAUGGCAAUUCGCGAGAAGGUGUUACGAAUUGUCACAGAUAGUUUUAAAAGACACGGUGCAGAGACGAUUGAUACACCAGUAUUCGAAUUAAGAGAUGUUUUGUUGGGUAAAUAUGGCGAAGAGGGUGGAAAAUUGAUCUUUGAUUUAGCUGACCAAGGCGGUGAACUGCUCAGUCUACGUUAUGAUCUCACCGUACCAUUCGCUCGUUACUUAGCCAUGAAUAAAGUGACGAAUAUCAAACGAUACCACAUCGCGAAGGUUUAUCGUCGCGAUCAGCCAGUUAUGACACGAGGCCGUUAUCGAGAAUUCUUUCAGUGUGAUUUUGAUAUUGCUGGGCAGUACGACGCUAUGUUACCCGAGGCAGAGUGCUUGAAGGUUAUCGAUGAGGUGUUAACUUCGUUGGAUUUAGGUGAUUUCCAAAUCAAGCUCAAUCAUCGUCUUAUGUUGGAAGGAAUGUUCGCAGUGAGUGGUAUGAAAGAAUCGGAUUUCAAGACUGUGUGUUCAUCAAUUGAUAAACUCGACAAAGUUGCAUGGAGUGAGGUUCGAAGUGAGCUCAUUGAUGAGAAGCACAUCGACCAAAAUGCAGUUGACAAGUUGCAAAAGUUCGUCAGAAUACGAGAUCAGAAUGUUACGGCGUCGAAUGAAGAGUUGUUGAAAUUCUUCGAAAAGGAUACUGAAACGGGUGCGAAUGCAUCAGUAAAGAAAGCAGUCACUGACAUGAGACUUCUGCUUGAUUAUUGUUCUAUUUAUGGUAUCGACAAGAAUAUUCAAUUCGAUCCGGCAUUGGCGCGAGGAUUGGAUUAUUAUACCGGAGCGAUAUUCGAAACUGUUGUGAAGGGUUAUACUAUGGAAUGUCAGAGUGGAGAUGAUAAAAGGAAUGGAACAGCUUCAGCAGAUGAGAUCUCGUCGACAAAUGUUGGUUCAGUGGCUGCUGGCGGUCGAUAUGAUAAUCUAGUGGCCAUGUUUUCACCAAAGAAACAAGCAGUGCCAUGUGUUGGUGUAUCAUUUGGAAUCGAACGUCUCUUCAGUAUUAUGGAAAUGAAAGCUGAGUCGGAAAAGUCAACAGUUCGUACUACAGAAACACAAGUUUUCGUUGCAUCAGCACAAAAGAAUUUGUUACGAGAACGGAUGAAACUGUGUAAAUUAUUGUGGGAGAAUGAUGUGAACGCAGAAAUGGCAUAUAAGGCAAAUCCAAAAAUGUUAACACAAUUGCAAUAUUGUGAAGAGCGUUCAAUACCGUUAGUUCUGAUUGUUGGUGAACGCGAGUUGCAAGAGGGUGUUGUAAAAAUCCGGAACGUAGAGAAUAGGCAAGAAAAUGAUGUUCCGCUCGCGGACUUAAUUGAUGAGCUUCGAAAGCGUUUGGCGUGUUGUUAA